AUCAACACUUGCACUAAAACCUCCCCAAAACUCCAUCAGAACGACACCGUUUUCCAAUGCUCCGUUCCUUCAUUUCCAAACGCUCUCUCCAGUCCUUCCUCCGCUACCACCACCACCACCACCGGGCCCACCGCCGCCCCUUCUCCACCACUCCGGGCCCACCUACCGCCGACGCUGAACUCCGUAAAUACAUCGGCUACACUCUCCUCCUCGUAGCCUCCGGCGCCGCCACUUACUAUUCCUUCCCAUUCCCCGAAAAUGCUCGCGACAAAAAAGCCCAAUUGUUCCGUUACGCUCCGUUACCCGACGAUCUCCACACCGUUACCAACUGGAGUGGGACCCACGAGGUGCGGACCCGGACUUUCUUACAACCCGAGUCAAUUGAGCAGCUCGAAGGAAUAGUGAAAGAAGGACAUGAAAGGAAGCAUAAGAUAAGGCCAGUCGGGUCGGGUUUAUCCCCGAAUGGAAUCGGGUUGACCCGAGCUGGGAUGGUGAAUUUGGCUUUAAUGGAUAAGGUAUUGAGUGUUGAUAAGGAGAAGAAGAGGGUUACUGUACAAGCUGGGAUUCGGGUUCAGCAACUUGUUGAUGAGAUUAAGGAGUAUGGAAUUACUCUUCAGAAUUUUGCUUCGAUAAGGGAACAACAGAUUGGUGGCAUUGUUCAGGUUGGUGCCCAUGGCACUGGUGCCAGGUUGCCUCCAAUUGAUGAGCAAGUCAUAAGCAUGAAACUGGUUACCCCCGCCAAGGGUACAAUAGAAAUUUCAAAAGAGAAAGAUCCAGAACUCUUUUAUCUAGCUCGAUGUGGACUUGGGGGACUUGGUGUGGUUGCAGAAGUCACUCUUCAGUGUGUUGAGAGGCAGGAGCUUGUAGAACAUACUUUCCUCUCUAACAUGAAAGAUAUCAAGAAAAAUCACAAGAAAUUCCUAUCUGAGAACAAGCAUGUCAAAUACUUGCACAUUCCAUAUACUGAUGCAGUUGUGGUUGUGACAUGCAAUCCUGUAUCUAAGUUGCGAGGUCCACCAAAACAUAAACCUAUAUAUACUACAGAAGAAGCCUUGCAGCAUGUACGAGAUCUCUAUCAGGAGUCUCUGAAGAAGUACAGAAGUCAAGUUGCUGCUUCUGGUUCUCCAGAUGAACCCGAAGUAGAUGAAUUAUCAUUCACUGAGCUGAGAGAUAAACUACUUGUGAUGGAUCCUCUCAACAAGGAACAUGUAAUUAAAGUCAACAAAGCUGAGGCAGAAUACUGGAGGAAAUCAGAAGGAUACCGAGUAGGCUGGAGUGAUGAAAUUCUAGGCUUCGACUGUGGUGGCCACCAGUGGGUAUCGGAGACAUGUUUCCCUGCAGGAACACUGUCAAAGCCUAGCAUGAAAGACCUGGAGUACAUAGAGGAAUUGAUGCAACUCAUUGAGAAAGAAAGUGUACCUGCCCCUGCACCUAUAGAACAAAGAUGGACUGCUUGCAGCAAAAGUCAAAUGAGUCCAGCUUAUAGCUCCGCGGAUGAUGAUAUAUUUUCAUGGGUUGGAAUCAUUAUGUAUCUUCCAACCAUGGAUGCUCGGCAGAGAAAGCAAAUCACCGAGGAGUUCUUCCACUACAGGCAUAUGACACAAGCACAAUUGUGGGAUCGUUAUUCUGCUUUUGAACAUUGGGCAAAGAUUGAGGUUCCCAAGGACAAGGAAGAGCUCGCAGCUCUGCAGGCAAGGCUAAAAAAGAAAUUCCCCGUGGAUGCAUACAAUCAAGCACGAAAUGAGCUAGACCCGAACCACAUCUUAUCUAAUAACAUGCUUGAGAAGCUCUUCCCUUCCUCUGAAGCUCAGUAACUGGUUCUCCAGAAUUCUU